UUUUGAUAUUUUGUACCAAACAUCCAAUAAUCAUCAUUUGAUAUAAAAUAAAAACAAUCUUGUGAUCCUGCCUGCCUGUGUAUGUGAGUGACCUAUAUUUUAUUCAGAAUAAACGACAUAAAAGAAAAUAAUGGAUCAAAAAUCGAUUGAAAACAAUGAUAUUGAACCAACAAUCGAAAAAAAAGAUGCUAAUAAUGAAACUGAAGCCGGAUUUCCUCUACGAUUACCAUCUGGUUUUGAACAACAAUUAGGAAUGUUAAGUUCAAUGAUGCAACAAAAUCAUGGUCUAUUUGAUCAAUUAAUUGGUGGUAAACAAAAUCAACAGAAAAAAGAUGCAAAUAAUAAUAAUAAUCCAUCAACAUCAGCUGAUCAUGAACAACGUCCAGAUAUGGCUGGAAAAAUGUUUGAACAAUCAAUGGGUAUGAUUAAUUCAAUGUUUCGUGAUCAAGGUGCUGCCGAUAUGUUUGGGAAAUUUUUUGGCCAACGUACACCAACAUCUACUGUUGCUGAUCAACCAGCAGCUACAAAUGUUUAUCCGAAAUUGGAUGAUAUGGAUGAUAAUAAUAAACGUCAACAGCAACAGCAGCAGCCACAACAACCAAAACAACAAGGUCAAUUCGAUAUUGAAACACUUCUUACUCAAGGUAUUGAUCGUCUUGGUUUAAAAUCUGAUCGAAAUGCUGGUGAUUUAUUGGGACAAUUAUUGGGUCAGGUUAAACAACAACAACAACCCAGUCAACCUUCGUAUCCACCAUCAGAAGGAAGGAAUUUUUAUCCAACAUUGGAUAACUUGGAUAUUGAUAAUAACAAGCCGAAACAAUCAGAGCCAACACCACCACCACCAACUUCGAAUCAACCAACAAGUCCAAUUAAUUUAGAUAAUGUAAUUAAUCAAGGUAUCGAUGUUAUUGGAUCAGCAUUGAAAGGCAAUGCUGGUAGUAUUUUUGGUUCAUUUUUGAAAAAUUCAAUUUCAACUAAAAGUUCGACCAAUAGUAGUGGCAAUCAUCAAUAUGAUGUACCACCAUCAUCAGUAGCACGUCCAUCACAACCAGAACCGAAAUCUUCCACACAACCAUCAUUCAAACAGGUGAAUGUUGAAUUUCCAGAUGAUGUCGUUGGUACCGGUGCUGGUAAUAAUGUUGUUAAUCCACCAGCAACACCAUCAGCGCCAAUACAAAUGCCUGAACCAAUCAGAUCAUCAAAACCAAAAUCGAAUAAAGAUGAUGAUGACGAUGAUGAUGAUGGAAAAUCGAAUAAAACCAAAGAUGGUGAAAAAAUUUUGGAUUUCAUCCCUGAUGAUGCAUUUGAAGCGGCAUUUGAUGCAAUGGCUUUUGGCAAAAAAUAAUCCAAAUCACUGCUUUUCUUUUGAUGAUAUUAUGAGGAAAAAAAACUACUACUAACCAUCUUUGAUUGUUUUUGUUUUUUGUUUGUUUUAUUGCAU